CGUUUGCUCACUUACAAUACGAACCUUUACUGGUAUCAGUAUAUAAACAUACAUCGAAAUGGAUUGGAAGCGAAUGCUGGUGCUGCCGGCAUUUUUGCUAAUCCUGAAUUUAGUUAAUGCAGAUGAUGAAGUUGAAGACAAAGUAGUAGUGAAAGCAGUUGUUGAAAGUUGUGGUGGAUGACGUUUGAACAGACUUCCAGAGGUCAAGAGAUUCAUCUAUGAUGAUAUCCCUCUGUUUCACAAUGUUGAAUUCAAGAAGGUGCCUGGUGCUCCUCCAAUACUCUGCUUGAAGAAUGAAGCAGACCAAGAUGUUGAGAGGAUAGACUUGGAACCGCUAAAAAGAGAUGAAAUAAAUGAUUUAUUAAAAAAAUGGAAUUUUUAUAAAAAGAGUUCUGAAGAUGAAGAGGUACCUGAAGGAGCAGAUGGACCAUACGAACUUAAAGAAGAAUUAUAAAACUCUCAUUUUAUGUUUUUUAUGUUUUGUGCCAUCAUCAAAUCUACACAUCAUGACAGUCAUAAUACAAACGGAAACAAACAGUUUAAUAACUCAAAGGAAUUUAGGUUGUUUUAUUUUAUUAAGUCAGAUUAACUAGAUAAGUUUAAUUUUACAGUUAUACAGAUGGAAAAAUUAAUAAUAAUGUACAAAUUUUUUUUUAAGUUACUUAUGUUUUCAUUUUUCUUUCACCACAUAAUUUUUCUAUGCAAAUAUACAUUAUGAAAUAAUUGAGCUUUUGAUAUUCAAUAUAGUUAAAGGCAAUACUUAAGAUCUACACGUUUUACUCAAAAAAAUCAGCAAACCAAAUUCAUCGAAAAUCUAUGAAGGUAUGUGAGUAGUGGACUGCUGGAAAUUAUUAUAUCUGGUACAGUUUACAUGUGGUAGUGUGAUAUUUAUGUGUGCAUUAUUUUAUAUUUAUGAUUUUACAAAAGAUGUGAAAGUGUGUCAAACCGAUUCAGUAUGUCUGACCAUGAGAAAAUUAUUGUUUAUCUAAAAAGAAGAUAUUUAUUUGUUUUAUCUGUAAAAACAUCAUUGAGAAUUUCCUGUUCUCUGAUUUUGAAUAUGUUUGUAGAAAAGUUUGACAAAGACAGUAUUUAAGUAAAGUUAUGAAAGCAAAUUCUUAAUUGUAAAUAUGAACUGCCCUUUAAAAUUAUAUGAAUUUCAGAUGACGUAUUUUAAAUUUUCAAAAUUUUAUUGAUGUUGUAUCUUGUGUCUUCAAGUAAGUUUAAUGUAAUGAAAAGUUUAUUUCCAUGGAGGAGAGUUGUAACAGUGAUUUUGUAAAUGUGUGUGAAAGUUUAAUGAAACAUUGUGUAAGAUUUCGUUGCAUACAUAACCUAAUUCUACAGCUUUUUUGUGUGAAAUAUGAUUAUUGUAUUUCAUUUUGAUGAAAUUCACAGAGAUUUUUGACUCUGACAAGUUGAUUUUUCAUUUUUCUUUAAGAAUCAGUGUAUAUGAAGUUUCCGGUCAAAAGCUUCGACCAGGAAUGGACGCUUUUACUGAACUUAUGGGAAAAAGAAAUUUGUAAUUUCUUAGAGUCAUUAUGUUGUGAAAUAUAUUUUAUAAUAAAUUAUUCCACUCAU